AUGACGACCAGAAAUGGAAGACAAAGAAGGUAUUUCUCGGUGAUGGUGGUGCUCGUGGUGACGUGCCUUCUCUGUCGCGGAGAGUUGCUUCGAAACGAGGAGGAAAAGGAGGAGGAAAAGGUGGUAAACAUCAUCGGCGCGAAAUCGUCGGCAACUCGUCGUUCCUUACUCGCGAGCAGCGCUUUGAUGACAUCCGGGAACGGAAUACACGACACGAAUACCACGCGUUUUCCUUCGACCAAAAGAGUAAAACGAAGGCGGAUGAGAGAAUACGAAAACGACGACAACUACCGAUGGGGCCCUGUUGCGAGAGAGCGCGAUGAUGAGAGAGAUAAAGAAGGGAAAUUGGAAGCUUUGAGGGAAGAUAUUCGCCUGGAGACGAAGAAGUUGGAAAUCGCUCUGAAAGAAGAGCGAAUACUGUUUUCCUCAAAUGAUGAAGAAGCGUGGAGAAAACAAAAGGAAACGAACCAACGAGAUGAACAAGAAGUGCAAGAACAUGGAGGAGGUAUUGAAAAGUGGCCACUUUUGAAACAACACGAGGAAAUGUUCGAGAGGUUCUGCGGCGGCGAGGGAAGCGAGAGCGGCGCUGGAUCGAUGCGAGAGGUGAUGGGAAAGUUACGGAAACAGGCGGAGUCGUACGACGAAUCAGAUUCAAACGGGAACUUGGUGAUAUUUGAGGCGUAUAAUCCGUUCUGGAACGGGUUUGGGAAUAACAUGAGGCGAUGGUUGAACUUAUUUGUGGUGGCGUCCAGAUUUGACUCGUUCGCUUCGUAUUUCGAUUUCGGCGCGUGCGGGAUGGAGGAGUACGGGAGAAACGCGGAGAACGACGGCGUCGAAGGGAAAACGUUUUAUCGACGCGGGAAAGAUGGGCAAUCUGCGUGUCAGUUUGACCCCGGGAUGUUUUUCAAAGGCGACGGUUUCGAUUGGCAGUGGACGCCGAAACGGGCGAAUGAAAAUCCAGAACGGUUAAGUCUGGCGAGCGUGACGAGAAACGCGACGAUUUUGUGCGAAGAAGACGUGAGCGACGACGUGAGAGAUUGUAAAUUGUACGACGAUAAGGAUUUGGACCAUCGACGAAGACUUUACGACAACGGUGACGACGCAACGUAUGUGGUGAAACCGUUGGCGAGUUCUGGUCGAAUGUCGAGAGAAGAGAUUGAUCGAGCGGAAGGCGCCGAGGCAAAAAUUAAAGCCGCCAACGCCGAUUGGCUCAGAGAGUGGUUCAAAGAGGAAGUCGCACGCGACGUGGAUCGAAAAGGAGUUCGGGUGAAACUCACCAUACACGACGUGUUUGUCAUGCAACGCGAAGGAGAAGUACUUUUUAACGUCUAUGGCAUCGACGGAGACGAGCCUCCGCCAGAUUUAGGCGACCCGGAGUUGCCGAAAGCGUGCUACAAUCGACAUUUUUUCCGGCCUCGAGAACACGUAAAAGAGGCGAUCGAGGAGGUGUUUGAGAAAUCUUCUUCAAACGGCGGCGGGGACAUGAAAAAGUGGCGCUCGUGCGCGGCGAUUCAUUUAAGGACUGGGUUUGCCGAUCACCAAGCGCAAUGGGUGGCAAAGUAUCGUAUGCUCUCUGAAAACAAACGCAAGGAGUUGGAGGCAAAGUACCCGUGUCGUUCGACCGCCGGCGGGAGCGAGAGAACCGCCGAGCGAUUCGUGGACGCUUUGGACGAAACCUUUCGCAAGUGCGAACCGGAUUACUCAAACGAACGAAUAUGCACGCUGUGGCACCAGAAAAAUGAAAUCACGAAGCACGUGAAUUUGGAUAUUGAAAACGAGAGCAACGUAUUGAACGGGCGGCUGAAAACGUUCGAUGUCGUUCAGGAUUGUUGCGGCAGUUCCUUUCGCGAGCCGGACGUUGCGGACGCGAUGGAACGUUGCGGAUUUGUUCCGGAAGGGAUGUAUCCAGAGUUGGAAGUGAAGAAGAAAAAUGAUGAUUUUUCGUCAACCAGUCCAGUGAGAGCAGCGCUUACCUGCGCGUUGCGCGCGUCCAAAUUUCACUUAGAGUCUCUCGUCGAGGAGGACAACGACAAUUCAGACGACGACGAUUCAGACGACGAAGCGUUUGGCGUCUUCCUUUUAGGGGAUUCGCCAACCUUCAUCAAAGCCGUUCCAAAAUUACCAAACAUCGGUAAAUAUUUCGCGCAUCAACAAGAUCCAGACACAGUUGGCGUCACCAUGGGAGAUAGCGAUUGUUCUGGAACCUCCUGCGUCGUUCGAAAAAAGGGCGAGAAACAUUUGAGUUGGAUGCGUUCCGUCGUCGACGCCUACGUCGCGAGUUUAUGCGAGGUGACCGUACAGCUUCCCGGGAGUAGUUUUGCCAACGGCGCUAUUCACCAACUUCGCGCGCCUGGAAGGAACCGAACGUCGUCGGCUUUUCUGUGGAGUGGCGAAGUCGUCUUGGGACAGCACUUAGCGACCCGAGACGAAACGACGAACGAGAUUGCGAGAGAGACAAAAAUCGGGUACGACGGGAACCUCGAAAAUUACGUCGCGCUCGGCGCCGCGCAUUGUAAAACAAUAGAUUGA